AUGGACGACCACCCGCAAACACCACCAGCAGCGCUGGCAAUGGCCAGCGGCAAUCACGGACCACCAUCCGGAAGCCGUUAUGUCCGCUCUUUUUCUCUUGAAGAGGCCAUGAAGGCGUCAGCAGUGAGCAUCUCUCUCUUCCUCUUCUGCUUUCUUCUGUCUACAGAAAACCUGCUGGUUCUUACAGUGGCCACUAAGGAGACUGAGGGAUUCACGCGUUUCAAGAGAUCAGCUCAGUUCUUCAACUACAAAAUCCAGGUGCUGGGUCUGGAUGAGGAGUGGCAUGGUGAAGAUGACAAGGCGGCAGCUGGGGGUGGGCAGAAGGUGCGUCUCUUGAAAUCAGCCCUGAAGCAGCAUGCAGACAAGGAGGACUUGAUCAUCCUGUUCACAGAAAGCUAUGAUGUGCUCUUUGCAUCGGGCCCUGCAGAACUGCUGAAGAAGUUCAAACAGGCCAAGAGCAAGGUGGUUUUUUCAGCAGAGAACUUCAUCUAUCCUGACCGAAGGCUGGAAGCCAAGUACCCCCAGGUGCGAGAUGGCAAACGCUUCCUGGGCUCUGGAGGAUUUAUAGGUUAUGCUCCAAAUUUGAACAAGUUGGUGGAGGACUGGAAAGGACAGGACAAUGAUAGCGACCAGCUCUUCUACACCAAUAUCUUCCUGGAUCCAGAGAAAAGGGAAAGUAUUAACAUCAGCUUGGAUCAAAGAAGCCGGAUCUUCCAAAACCUGAAUGGAGCAUUAGAUGAGGUGGUUCUGAAGUUUGAAAAUUCCCGAGUGAGAGCAAGAAAUUUACUGUAUGACACCCUCCCUGUGAUGAUUCAUGGCAAUGGACCCACCAAGCUGCAGCUGAACUACCUGGGAAAUUACAUACCACGGAUCUGGACAUUUGAGACAGGCUGCACUGUGUGUGACGAAGAUGGAAGAAGUCUCGCCGGGUACAAGGAUGAGGAGUUGCCCUUCAUUCUGAUAGGGAUUUUUAUCGAGCAGCCUACUCCCUUCUUCUCCCAGUUCCUUAAGAGGCUUCAGACCCUCCACUACCCAAAGAAACAGACUCAGCUCUUCAUUCACAACCAUGAGGAACAUCACCGGUUACAGGUGGACACGUUUGUCAAGGAGCACGGCAAAGAGUAUCGCGCCAUCAAAGUGAUUGGGCCAGAUGACCAGUUGGAGAAUGCUGAAGCCCGUCACCUGGGCAUGGAUUUGUGCAGACAGGACCCCAGCUGUGAGUAUUACCUCAGCCUGGAUGCUGAUGUGGUUCUGAAGAACCCGGAGACUGUGCGGAUCCUGAUUGAACAGAACAAACAGGUGAUUGCCCCACUGGUGAGCCGUCAUGGGAAGUUGUGGUCAAAUUUCUGGGGGGCCCUGAGCCCUGAGGGAUACUAUGCCCGCUCGGAGGACUACGUGGAUAUCGUUCAAAGGCGGAGGGUCGGGAUCUGGAACGUUCCCUACAUUUCCAGCAUCUAUCUGAUAAAAGGCAAAACCCUGAGAUCUGAACUCGACCAAGGAAAUCUCUUCCAGAGUAGCAAGCUGGAUGCAGACAUGGCUUUCUGCCAGAAUGUCCGGGAUCGGGGGGUCUUCAUGUUCCUGACAAACCGGCAUCUGUUUGGACACAUACUUUCUCUGGAGAAUUAUGAAACAACUCAUCUCCACAAUGACCUCUGGCAGAUCUUCAGCAACCCAGAGGACUGGGAAGAAAAGUACAUCCAUGAAAACUACACAGCAGCCCUGAAAGGGAAGCUUGUGGAGAUGCCUUGCCCAGAUGUUUACUGGUUCCCUAUAUUCACUGACACUGCCUGUGAUGAGCUGGUAGAAGAAAUGGAGAAUUUUGGCCAAUGGUCUGCUGGAGGGAAUGUGGACAACAGAAUACAAGGAGGAUAUGAAAACGUCCCAACUAUUGACAUUCACAUGAACCAAAUAAAGUUUGAAAGGGAGUGGUACAAGUUCCUUCUGGAAUACAUUGCUCCCAUCACAGAGAAAUUGUACCCAGGCUACUAUACUAAGACGCAAUUUGAGCUGGCCUUUGUUGUGCGUUACAGACCUGAUGAGCAACCUUCCUUGGUGCCUCACCAUGAUGCCUCUACCUUCACCAUCAACAUUGCCCUGAACCGUGUAGGAAUAGAUUAUGAAGGAGGAGGUUGCCGGUUUCUGCGCUACAACUGCUCUGUACGAGCUCCUCGGAAGGGUUGGACACUCAUGCAUCCAGGACGCCUGACACAUUAUCAUGAGGGUCUUCCGACCACAAAAGGGACCCGUUAUAUUGCAGUGUCUUUUCUUGACCCCUAGAGCUAGGCUCCACAAGAAGGACUUUUCCCCAGCACCCCUCACUGCUGAGUGGGAGCAGGGAAUGCUGCUGAGAGUCUCUGAAGCAUCGAUCAAAGCUAUUUGGAUGAUGAUUUCUAAUUCUGUUUUAAGACUGCUGUUGGAAGCUCUCUCCUGUCACACUGCAGGUCAUGCCUAGGGGCCUAGCUAUAGAAUUUGGAUGGGGAUUCUUUGUGCCUUCCUUUCCCAUGUUACUCAUGAUUUGCUAUUUCUUGGAAGUGCUGUUUACUUGGACUCUUAGGCAUUACUUUCCAAAGUGUUUUCUUGGACAGAAAAUCCAGUUGUAUGGAGGCAGGUCACCUCUUUAUUCUUCCCACCAGCCCGUCUCCCAAAGAUCCAGAACUCUGUUUCUGUCCACCAUGUACACAGGAACAGACACUAGGGAAUAAUUUCUGAACACUACUCCAACCAUAUGUUAGGUGUCAAGUCAUGGAGCUGGCUCCAGUAUUGGGGAGCAGCAUCUUAGUAGUUAAAAUACUGAAUGAAUCUGAAUAGCCAGAGCCUGAAGUUCAUCUUCUUCAUACCUCUUUGAAGUUAGUUGAUUGUUAAAUACAGCAAUGAUGGUAACACAUGUAGAUCCUGUUAGCCAAACUGUAGUUAGAUUAUGUCAUUCUACUUCUGGGUUUAGGUGAAAGAUCUCAUCCUAACUUUUUUUGCUGCAGCUAGAAGGAAAUUUGCAUGCUUCACCAAACUGUGUGUCUGUGGGUAUGUGUAAGUGACCUCUUAGAAAGGGAAUGCUAUGUAGAACAGGAUAUUUGAGAUAUUUAGUACUGAAGUCUUUCACUUCUGUUACUGGUUCAGAUCUAUCUCAUAUUUAUGUCAAAAGUUGUAAACUUCCUGUAGCUGUUCAUAAAAUCAUAGGAAAGUAGGGCUGGAAAGGACCACAUGAGGUCAUCUAGUACAACCCCUGUUCACUGGCCUCUCCAAAAUGUCCUUGAUGGUGUCAAUCCAGUUCCCAGGUCAAGUGUCCAUAUUACAUUGAACAUUGACUGGCCUCCUGGAUCUACCCUAAGUGGGCCAUUAAGUUGUUUUUUCACAGCUAGAGGAUAUUAUUUCCGAUCAUCACUUAAAUAUUCCAAAAUAUUACAUACGUAUCUCCCUAAAAAAUGUUGGUUUUGUUACUGGAGGUAUGGCUGGAAAGUGUUCAAUACUAGGGUGAAGUGUUUGGGAUAAGAAUUGAUAUAGUAUAGAAUAGAAU